UCCUCCAGUUACAGCUUAGACCCUAAAGACCCUCCCAACCUGAAAAUCACAGAUAGCCACGCUGUUAACGUGUCCUGCAGCAGAUUCUUUUAAUGACACUUAAUUUGUAAUUGAGCCUUAUUUGUGUUGUAUGGACCUACGUUUUGAUAGAACUGCCUGGCAUUUACGGUUCAACAGCUAGUCGCAGAGAGAAGCGCAAAAGAGUUCCCAGUCUUCCACAAUGAAUCCUGUUUACAGCCCCGUUCAACCUGGGGCUCCCUAUGGAAACCCUAAGAACAUGGCCUAUACAGGUGUCAGGGAGACACUAUCCUGCUGGUGCCAGGGAGGCACUCCAGGAAUCUUCCACAUCCCACAUGCUGUGCUCUGUUAUCCAACUGGGUAUCCCACAGCUGCCCCUGCCUACAACCCAAAUAUGUAUCCAACCAGCAGCCCUGGCUACGCCCCAGCUACACUUCUGAUGAAGCAGGCCUGGCCACAGACCUCAACCUCUUGUGCCACUGAGGGCACCUUUCACCUCCCAGUGGACACUGGGACUGAGAACAGAACUUACCAAGCUUCAUCUGCAGCAUUCAGAUACACUGCCGGAACCCCCUACAAGGUCCCACCUACCCAGAGCAACAGUGCACCUCCUCCCUACUCUCCGUCUCCAAAUCCCUACCAAACGGCUAUGUACCCUAUCAGAAGUGCCUAUCCACAGCAGAACCUGUAUGCCCAGGGAGCGUAUUACACGCAGCCAGUGUACGCGGCCCAGCCUCAUGUGAUCCAUCACACUACCGUGGUUCAGCCAAACAGCAUUCCUUCGGCGAUCUACCCAGCCCCCGUCGCCGCACCAAGGACCAACGGUGUGGCCAUGGGCAUGGUUGCUGGGACCACCAUGGCAAUGUCAGCAGGAACCCUGUUGACCACCCCACAACACACCGCCAUUGGAGCACAUCCAGUUUCUGUGCCAACAUACAGGGCUCAAGGGACCCCUACCUACAGCUACGUACCUCCACACUGGUAAACUCGCUGGCCAAUCCAUAUCUGGAGUCAAACAUUGUAUGCAACUACUCAAGUCUUACAUUGGUGCUGGCCCGACCGUACAACGGCACCAAGUCUGUUUGCAAGAACAAAAGAACAAAAGUGCAAGGGUCACUUUAUGCAUUCUUUAGUGUUUUUUUGUAAAAGCUGCUUUUUUCUAAUGUUCUGCCUCUCUUUCCUCCCCCGCCCCCUAAACCCACACACAUCACGUAACACCAUGUACUGACACUGAGCAAUAGUCAUGGUUUCUCUCUGGUCCUAUCAUUUUGAAGCUCAGAAAGUUCACUUGUCAAAAAUGCCCAGUUCCGUGGUGCAAAGAUGCCCGAGUCUUGUUUUGUUUGUUCGUAUGGGUUUUCUCGGGUUUUUAUUUUUGUUGUUGUCGUUGACAAGAGUCUAGAUUUUAUUUGACUAGUGAGAGCGGUUGAUGUUCAGGGUACUAUGUGAAAAGCACAGCGCUGGUAGGCAAGUUUAUUCCAAUUUGGUUUCAUUCUUUUUUAGGUUAAUAAUAUACAUUAUUUAAUCUUCCAUAAUACGAGAAAAUUGGUGUCUUCCAGAUAGCUGUUAUGAUAGACGAUAAUUCAUUACCUGCAUUGAAAUACCCAGCACAUCCCUUGUUUGUAGAGUGAGAAACUAUAAAUAUUAGCAGUAUAACACACAUGCAUCUUAGGAGACAGGUUGACCGGUUGCUACCAGGGCUUUGGUCUGCUUUUGUAAACAGGGAGAAUGCAUUUCAUGGGAUGGGAAGGGAGAAGCGGAGGGGAGAUGCAUGGAGCAUAGGAACUGCAUCUCGCUGAGUUAACAGGCAUCCCCCUGUCCCGAACCGGGUCAUUUUCAUCAUGUAAUAAAAUCAGACAGCUCCUUCCCAUUUGGUAGGAAGCUGCGGCUUGCUGACAGAUGUAUGCUGGGCUGACGUAAAAAGGAAACAAAGGGAUUUCCAGUUAUUAGUCAUGAGGGCCUCUCCAGGAUCCAGCAAUUGGGGAAAAACGAGAUUGGAUAAGGCGAGGGAGAAGAGUGUCUCGGCAGAGCUGCGGAGAAUAGAGGUUGCUUUGCCCUGCACCUGUCUGGGCACAGACUCCCCAGCGCAAGGCUUGUGACUAGACUGAGCUGCUUUCUAGCUCAGUCUCCCUUGGGGGACAUUGAUAUCAUGGUAUAAUUUGGGUUUUAAGAGCGGGCAGAGGUGUCUCCACUUGCAUUGAUUACUAAUUGAGCGUAACUGUGCUGCAGCGAGGCCAGUCCCAACAGAAACUCCUGGGCCAUCGUUUCCUUCUGCCCACAGUUUAACUCUGUCAGAGUCGCAGGGAGAGCUUGACCUGAGCACAGUUUUGCGCUGUCGAGGACACAGCACUUCAAAGGUGUACUUGUCAGCAGGUGGGAUCCAGGGGGUGGAGAUCGUGCUGCUUUGAAGGUAAAAGAUGAGGGAAAAUGGGGACCAGCAUGAAGCAAUAGCAAUAAACGUGUUGCCUUUCCAGCUGUAAGGCAUGUCACCGGAAAGGGCGGCACUCAGCCAUUUACUUUGGCUUCGAAACUAAGGGCAGCAGGUUUGCACAACUGUUGGGUAUGGAUCUGCACUUGGAUGCCCAAGAGACGACGCGCUCUUGUAGUCGCCCAGGCCUAGUGCGCAACGCGUUGGGUUUUUGCGAAGCGUCGGAGCAGAGCAAUAAAGUUUGGCAGUGGGGCGGGGGGGGGGGAGGGAGGAGCGAAUGGUGGUGUUUGCAAAUGAUGUUGAAGGGAAAUUAGAUUUUUUUUUUUUUUUUUGGAAAUAUCAUUCCUAAACCCAGCACAAAGGGGGGAAAUUUUAGAGAAAUGCUUCUUUUCUUUGCCUCAAGUCGUGCCAAAAGAGUUGCAUGCAGCUAACAGUAGGUCUGUCGCCGUGACUUCUCUUGGGCUGCGGGUCAGUGGCAACGGGGCAAUCUAUUUUUUUUUUUUUUUAAUAGUAAUCAUUUAAGUCAAACCCAGCCGUAUCAAUGGGGUAUACAUCCUUGAGCAGCCAACAGGCCUGGCCUCCAUACCCAGUCCAAGCGAGCGCUGUUACCCGAUCAUUGUCCGACAUCUGUGCUAACUGCUGUGCUCUGUCCUGUGUCUGCCGGCCUCUUCGAACCUCACUAGGGAUAGUAUGAGAGUGACCCACGCAAGGGCCCUGCUUGCCACUCAUCUUAGGCUUCUCCCCAGACUACAUCAUCUGUGAUUUUAGAUGUCAGAUCCUAGAGUCUUUUUAAAGACAUGUAAAACUACCGCGUCUUUACACCACUGGUUCAGCACCUGUGGGGGAUUAUGUGAGCGCUUAAGGAUUUCCCAGCCUGGCGCCUGCAGUUUUCCUCGAGGAUACGCUCUGUGCAGGGAGCAUGGUCAUGACCGGGCUCUUCCACUCUUCUUUCCCAGCCACUUUUUUUUUUAAUGUUGGUCUUUGAUCACAUGAAGCGGCAGCAUCAGCAAGGCCGCACCAUGCUUUUUAUAUUUUCAAAGGGAACUCUUGUUAAACUAGCCGAGCUCUGAUCCGCCUUCUCCCCCCACGCGUUUGGCCAGCAAACCAGUAAAAACCCCUCACCCACGUUCCAGUCCCUUGUUGGGGGGUGGCUUCUCCAACCCAGCACUGCAGGGGAUGGGAAAGCAACGUUUCAUAAGGAUUAACACAGUUUGCAGCCUGCUUUGGGCUCUGCAAACAAGGAUAGCUCCAGACACACCUCUCUGGGUUGCCGUUGUUCUUCCUUAUAUAUCACGAUCGAUUCUCCCUUCUGCCUCUUGACAAAGGACCCUGGAAAUGGCGCUCUCCCUUUCAUUUCCUUUCCCGAAAGAAAAUGCCAGGCUUUGUAUUAGAGAGAGAGAGAAGGUAUUACAUGUGUACUACAGGUUGACAAAAAAACCCUUCUCCUCCACCUUCAGUUUUUCUCAGAGGACUGGUAACUCCCCCAAAUCAAAGUUCUGCCUUUCGGCAUCGAAGUUUUGAAAGCUGUUUAGGCCUCCGUUGGACCUGUUUUGCACGGAUACUAAUGAAGGCCCUAAAGAAAAAGGGGUAGGGCCUUUAUGAAGCAGAGAGAAGCGCUAUUAUGAUCCCUGUUGAUGAGAUCUGUUGAGGGUUGGGGUUUUCUUCUCCCUUCUUGGCUUGGCUGAAUAGCAGCUCUGAUGAAUACGACCAUGUUACGCAGGGGCUGAGAGGCUCAUUGGCACCCUGGGAGUGGAGAGAUGUAGAGUCAGCUUGUGUGCAAAUAGCAUUGACUCACCACCAUUUUGCCAAGGCUGCUGGCAUCUAUUUUUGGAUUUUCCAGUGUGGCAAGACUAUGUGAAGCCCAACCCUGAGCAGUCACCUAAACAGGUGAACCUCAGAGGGCUCUUCCCGGCGACUUGGAUGUCUCUGUUUUGACUAGUGCAGCGCAGGCCAUUGGACUGCGGGACCUGGUCAUGGAUGCAACCGUUUGCCCCCAGCCCUUUUGUCUUGCAAAUGGUCAGGCUUUACAGGAAUGGCCACGGAUGCCCACCCCCUCCCCUUUCUUCUCCCCGCUCCGUGAUGUCCAAGGGGUCGGAAUCUGAACCUGGGCCCAAAUGUUGCAACGUGUCCUUUUUCCUUUAAUAAGGGCCUCCGCUAAAACUCCAGAGGCACGGUUCACGUGGACUGUGGACCCCCAUCUUGUGACGUGGGCCAGAUUUUAAUUCCCAAGAUAUCUGGCUUUUCCACUGAAGCCUCGCUGCCAUGCAAUCCUUUAGGAUCAUCCCAUUAGUCCAGGAUCCUCUCUGGCAGACAUCUGCUGGGCAGUAGGCUACUGCAACCACAGUUGUAAGAGAAACCGGUAUUGUAAACCUGCCCGAGUUCCUGUUUCAAGCAAGUCGCUGCUUUUGUAGGGAACAGAAACACCCUGCGCAUUUACCAUGACAAGCAUUUCUUUGGCCUAGCCCUGCAAAGGGAGCGUGUGUCCUUUCCAUGUGACGUGGCCAUUGAAAUCAUGAGGCCACGUGGGUUGCCUUUAUUCUCUCUAGGCUCCCAGUUUCUUCCCCCUUUUUCUGCUCGUGAAUGCUUUCUCUGCUGCAGACGCCGCCAUGUUUAGCUGUUUCAGGCAUCGUGUUAGAGAAGAGCUCGAGGGUUUCUGUUAUAACACAGAAAAUAGAAAGCAGCCAUCACUGAAAGGUAGAUUUGUCAGGUGGCCAUUGCCUAGGGAAGAGAGAGUGCCAGGAACACGGUGUGGACGCGCCUGCGUCUACAAGAGCCCCAGUGUACUUCAGAUCAGGAACAGGACGUUGAGGGGAGUCGGCAAUGGCUGAAAUAGCCCCAAACUCUUCCAAAGAGUCUGUUCCUGCUCUCAGGCCUGGGGUAGAUGUUUUUUGCUCUCCCCUGUAUUUUGCUGGGCUUUUUACAUACAUGGCUGUGGUGUCAGCUGAGUUCCUGAGUGGUGCGAGAUGCCUGUUAAAAAGCUGCUGUCCCAUUAGCCACCCGGGCAGGGAGAUGGAGACUGGCAAGGACUGAGAGCUUUUGAGGGGACUUGCAGAAAAGCCUGAGGCUCCCAAGGUGUUCAGCAAUGCCCUGAAUGCUAGUGUGUCUGGACAACGUAGAUAGAUAAAGAGGGGUUACUCACCUCCAGCCUGGCUCCUACCAUCCCUUGUCCCCUUUCAGAUUCCCUUUGAAUCAGCAACUGGGGUUAAAUUCCAGCAGCAAGAAAUCCCUGCAGCCCACGCCUUAGUGGAAAUAGGUUCACAGUCAAAUCCACAUCACUUGGAGCCGGUGUGUAUCUCAUGUGCAGUGGUGCAAAUGCGCGAGAUUGAGCUUUGUAGCCACCCGGUCGAACAAACUGAGAAGUAGCCACCCAGGGCUUUUCCUGUAAAGGCCCAUAAGCAUUUUCUCUCUCUUGAUCAAAUCAAUCCCGUGAAGUGGGAUUGCAGCAGGGUGCUGAUUAACCUGUGUUUGCGUGGGCUCUGUCAGCAGCGCUGGGUGCUGCGGUAUCAGAUCCACUGGUCGCCUGCGAGGCAUCCUAGAGACCUUCCAGUGCCGCGUUUGAAAGAGGAGUCUGGGUGGGUACAAGAGCAAGACACGUUGCAGAGCGAGCCGAAGCACCUGGCACAAAACCUGUGCUGGUUUUAGUCCUCUUAUUGCUGGGAUGAUAAACCUAGGGCUAGAAAACCGUCCCUAACACACCAGAACCCAGUCAUACUUUGCGGGGAGGAGGCAGAGCUCACAGGGCAGCAGACGGGCGACUGGAAUGAGGCGUGAUCGGCCUAAUCCUGGUUCCAGCGUGGCGCUCGGGACUUGGGCAGGGACAUCGUGAAGUGGUUGCAUGCACCGCUCCACGGUAGGAGGCAGGGAAGUUUCUACCCUGCGUAGGGACGUGGGAGUCAGCCAGUCUUCAUCGCAGUUGCAGGGCAAGCAGGGCGUUCCAGGCCACCGCCAAGUCCUGACGGCAGUAAAGCUUUUGCUGAAGUCAGUGCCUGGCCAGGAGCUGGAGGAACGGCUCUAAGGAUGGGAUCCCAAAGUGACUAGAUAACUUUAUCAGAGAGGCCAGAUCCCUUCCUCGUGGUGAGCGGUGCCUCAUUUCCACUGAAGCCAGCAGAGCUAUUUCAGAAGCAUGGCACCGUUCAGCACGAGCGAGGUUCGGAGCGAACUGACUUCGGUAAUCAGCAUCCAGUAUUUAACACGAGGCACCUUUGUGCAACCGGUCCUCGCAGAGCUUGCCGCGAUUGAAAGCAGCUGAGUGGAGGGAAGCAGGGCCUAAGGACCGUGGGGCUGUAGCUGUAAUUAAGAGCCAGGAAGCUCAGACUUGGGUCCGUGCAAAUGGGAUUAAAAUGUGUUCACAUGUGAUGGCUUAAAACCUUGCCUCCCUCGUGAUGGGUUUUCUCACCCAGGAGGCACAGGUUGCAGAGCGCCUGGAGGUGCAAAUCCUGCGAGAGUCGCGGAAAGGGGAAAGCACUGUUGUGACAAUACCGAUCAAAGCUACCGUUACCACCAUUAACCAAUCCCUUAUAUAUCUUUGCUUUAAAACAUGUACUGUAAUGCAAGACUUGAAAAAAUGCAUAUUAAUAGUUGUGCUGGCCCGAUUCCAUGUCUGAGUACCUUGGGGCACGCUCCAGGAGAUUGAACUGUGUGUACGAGUAUUUGCUCCUGUAUUUUAUGAACAAUAAUAACCUAGUAAAUCUUUUUGCAGUUCUGAUCUGUAAUUUAAGCGCUUUUUACCAUAAGUGUUAUUUAAGGUUUUGUUUUACUGAUUGGUGUUUAUUAUUCUAAACUAGAGGAACUUUAGGGCUGGCCUGAAGUUGGACGCUUCUUUGAGCAACAGGGAGCAUUUCAGAACACAAGUCUGUGGGCUUUCAUUUCAAACGGGAGUGUGCCGCGUUACCAAGAAUGCUAGGCAAACACUGAGCAGCCGGGACCCAAUCAGCCCCGUUAAAACUGUUCGUUCCCAGACCAGUCUCCUCCCCCAACCUCCUCUCCUAAGCAUCCCCUCUAGACUGCAUCCAGGCCACUUUGGCUAGACCUCUUGGCUGAUUUCAGUGGGGGCAGCAGGGAAGUGGCAAAGAAUAUGAGACCUGUAUAGAGCCACGGUACAACCCUGGGGAGGAGCCCCUGCUCCUGCCGAGCCACCUUGCAAGAGUGCAACCCCAGACAGGAACCGCUGGGUCUGUUUUCCACCGUUAACAUUGAUCUAGAGCCCAGCCGAGCAUGUUAACCAUUCCCAUAUGAGCAGCUCUCUCUCCAGGACUUUCUGCAGCUCCCUAGUACUAAUGCAAGGCAAGCCUUCUAGGGAUUCCCACCGUGUUUGCUGUUAGCCAGAGAAACAUAAAGCAACCUGACAUCGGGCCUUGCUUUUCUUAGGGAGAAAACCAAGCUGAAAAUGCCUUUCCAUCGCGCUUGUUUAAAAAAAAAAAAAAAAGAAAGAAAAUUCGAUCAGCUUUAAAUAGCCAUAAAAGCCAUCGGUCGUUGCAGAAUUCCCAGGUUUUUCACCGGAAAUGUUUUUGAUCAGAGCAGGGGCUUCGUUUUGAUGACACAUUUGGACGCAGAGUCUUAAGAAAUGCUGACAGCCCUCCAUGGGCAAGCCCCUCCUCAGAGCCAUCCACCUUCCUCAGCUUCUCCUUGCCCACAAAGCGGUUGCGCUCUGUUGGGCUACACAGCGCAAUACGGGGCCAUGGCGAUGUGACCCCCCCCCAGCACGGUGCUGUGCUGGCGCUGAUGUCCUUGAAUCAAGAUGGAAUUGUCCCCAUUCCUCUUUCACUUCCAGAGGCCCCGAUGCCAUGAGUUUUUGAGUACCAAGAUGCACUUUGCUUAUCACGCUAGACUUGCUUGCUAGACGAGUGGCUCCCCUGGCUGCAGUCCCCUACACCGCUCAUUUUCUGUGCGAUGUGCUUCAGAGUCUUUUCAGGGAUCUUCUCGUUGUCUUCAAGAGAAGGUGUUUGUAGGAAGGAGGAAGGCGCAUCUUCUGACGGGUCACAGACCCAGGGACGCUCGUUUAGAUUCCCCGGUUAUUGGGUAUCCAUCAGCUGGGAUUUCCGCUAGGUGCUAGGGAAAGCAGGAACAGCAAUGCCAUUUCCUGAGAGCUUGCACCCACCGAUGAUCCCAUGUCUAGAAGUGACCCUGCAACCCACAGUGCUCCUCCUCUUGGUGUCUAAAGAGGCUCUAGGAUUCCCCCAUCACCCGAUCAAAUUCCUCUGUGCUGCGGCUAUUAAACCCAGAUCUGUGCCGUGUUUAUAAGGCAUUUGGAGUCUGAUACCGUGAGGGUCUGAGUGCCUCCUCCCUUCAGCAAAGCCAGAGCACUUAAACAGAUGCUUAACUUGAAGCACGUGUAUAAGUCAGCUUCACUUCCAUUGGAUUGAAGUGCUUUGCUGAAUAGGGAUUGUGCGUUUAAGCGUUUUGCAGAACUGUGGCCACUGUGGGGAGUUAAUACUUCCCAGAAAGAGGAUCUCUGAGAUCAGUGCACAGAGACAACUGCUGUCACGAAGCAGCGCGAGCAACAAAAGCAGAUGCAUUUUCUAUCACUGAUGGCAGCUAGCCUUAAACGCAGUUCUCCCUCCCAAUAUCAUGCUUAGCCUUUCCCCGAUCCCCUUCCAGUGGAAUUAUGUUUGCUUGCAAGCAGGACAGGACUCUGGACCAUUUUGCCUUUUUGCAUCUCUGACCUGCAGGAGACUCGCACUAAAAUCCGUGCAAACAGCCAGACCGUGUUUAGAUCCCAUAGCAUGUAACAAAGAAAUACUGCUUCCGGCUUGUAUAUUUUUCGUUGUGUUUCCAGGGGUGGAGGGGUGGUGUUUAUAUUUUUUAAAUUCAUUACAGUGCAGCUUGGAUUUACCUAGUUUUUCAAUUUUAUUGGAACUCUUAAGCAAAAAAACAAAAAAAAAUCAAAAGAAAAAAUUUUAAAAAGUAAACAUGUCUUCCAAGUUUAAAUCAAAGAACUCAACGGCGUGCGUGAGACACAGCCUUGAGCCUAAGAAUUGGAAAGCCCCACAGCUUCAGCUUGUGAAUAUGAAGUGUAAAUCUGUUUUAAUUUUUUUUAAUUUUUUGUUUUUUUUCUUUUUGUUCUGUUUUUUUGUUCUGAAGAUCAGUUAGUGAUCUCCCUGACAGAUUUAAGCCAAGAGUUUGUAACUGUAUGAUAUUUACUGUAAGAUGUAGAACAUUCAAUAACUAUUAAAAUGUUUCCAAAAAAAUAAUAAUAACGA